UAUCAUUCUCUGUUCUUUCUUCUUUUGUUCUUGCUAGAGACCUCCAAGCUUCUUUUGUGGAGCUCUUUAGCAUUUCUGCUAGGAAUUGCAGAAAAUGGGCAAAACACUUCAGAUCUUCGGAUUUCCUUCUAAUGUCACCGCGAAAGAGGUUAAGGAUUUCCUUGAGAAGUAUACAGGACAAGGAAGCAUUUAUGCAAUAAAGAUCAGGCAGUCCAAGGUUGAAAGUGCAGGAGCAUUUGCAAUAGUUCAGUUUACAACUAUUGAGAAUACCAAGGCUAAACACAUAUUUGCUAAACGACUACGCUAUAAGAAUUCCAAACUGAGGGCUCAAACCAUGGUAAAUGAUAUUGUAUCCAAAUCAAUGGUGACAAUGUUUAACUUGGAAAAUGUAGGUUUGCACUUCGGCUGUCAAGUUUCAGAUGAAAGGUUUUCAGUUCUUUGGAAAUGCUACAAUGUCGAAGUGAGCUUCGGAUUCGGUCUACAAAAGUUAUUCUUCUACCUAUCCCAUUGCGAUGUGAGGUACAAACUAGAGCUAUCUUCUCAGAACAUUCGGAGAAUUCAGCUACGUCAUAUACAUGGUCAAUUAAGGAAGUUCCUUUUAAUUCAGCUGUUCGGUGCCCCGCGAAUUUAUGAGAAAAUUUUACAGUCUUCAGAACCCACCAUUCAUGAAGAAUCUGCGUCAGACUAUUAUAAAUACAAUAUUCCUGAUGAUCAGUGGGUAAGAAUAACUGAUUUUACUCCAUCAUGCUCCAUUGCACAAUCUUCCUGCAUCUGUUUGCAACUUCCACACAAUUGCCCGCUUCCAAACAUUCGUGAACUGUUUUUCUACUACGAAAAGAAUGAAGAUCGAUUUGCUUUAGAAAAUGGUUCUUCUUUCUGUCGCAAUUUGGAUCUAGUCCCCAUUGUUCAGCCUCCUGACGGAAUUAAGGUGCCAUUUGAUAUUCUCUACAAAGUUAGUUCCUUGGUUCAACAUGGCUACUUAUCAGGGCAAACACUGGAUCGCCAGUUUUUCAGCUUGAUAGAUCCUCGAUCAACACCCAGAGCUGAUAUAGAACAAGCCCUUAAUGAUUUGUACCGCGGAGACGAAUGUUUCUAUGAACCUGUGAAGUGGUUGAGAAAUCAAUACAAGAGGUAUCAGACAUCGAAGAAUGUGCCUAAGACUCCUCGGAUUUCGUUGAGCUCUGGCGUGGUGUAUCUUCGUAGAGUUCAAGUUACCCCUUGUAAGGUUUACUUCUACGGCCCAGAACCCAUUGUCUCCAAUCGUGUUUUACGCCAUUAUCCAGAAGAAAUUGAUAAUUUUAUCCGUGUUGCAUUCGUUGAUGAAGAAUUAGAUAAAAUCUUUCCAAUGGACUUGUACUCAUCACGUAAAUCUUCUGCAAGCGAUGAUGACAAAUACACGGGAAUUUACAAGAGGCUGCUUUCUGUUUUGAAAAAUGGUAUAGUCAUUGGUGAUAAGAAGUUUGAGUUUCUUGCUUUCUCCCCAAGUCAGCUGCGAGAAAAUUCUGUGUGGAUGUUCGCUUCAACAAAUGAGCUUACUGCAGAUAGCAUCAGGGAAUGGAUGGGCGAUUUUCGUAACAUAAGAAAUGUGGCAAAAUUUGCAGCAAGGCUGGGUCAGUCUUUCAGCUCAUCCAUUGGAACUUUGAAUGUGAAUAGCGGUGAAUUUGAAGUUAUUCCCGAUGUUGAGAUUGAAGGAGAGAACGGAACCACGUACGUUUUCUCCGACGGAAUCGGCAAGAUUUCUGUUGAGUUUGCACGCAGAGUGGCAGCUGACUGCAAUCUCAAGGAUUAUACUCCUUCUGCCUUCCAAAUUCGGUAUGCAGGUUAUAAGGGUGUUGUAGCCUUGGACCCAACAUCCACAGCGAAGCUAUCGCUGAGGCCAAGCAUGGCCAAGUAUGAUUCAGAGACCACGAAACUAGACGUCCUGACAUGGAGCAAGUUUCACCCAUGUUACCUCAACCGUCAAAUAAUUGUUCUGUUAUCUACCCUCGGCGUCGAAGAUCAAAUAUUUGAGAAUAAACAAAAAGAGAUUGUAGAGCAGCUGGACUUGAUUUUAACAGAUCCUUUCGUUGCACGAGAGGUGCUUGAUAUUAUGUCUUUUGGAGAGAACACCAGAGUUCUCAAGGAAAUGCUCAAAUGCUAUAAGCCUGAUGCUGACCCAUAUCUUUCGAGGAUGCUGCGGACUUUUCGCCUGUCAAAGUUUUUGGAUCUUCGGACUAGGUCAAGAAUAUUUGUUCCACAUGGUAGAGCAAUGAUGGGGUGCCUUGAUGAAACAGGAACCUUAGACUACGGGGAAGUAUUCAUUCAAGUUUCUUCUGUUGGAUACAGACAAUUCAAUGAUAGUUCUAUCUUUACAUUUGGGGGAAUUGAGUUAAGCCAGCAGACAUGUAUCGUGACGGGGACAGUAGUAGUGGCAAAAAAUCCUUGCCUUCACCCUGGAGAUGUGCGUGUUCUUUGUGCUGUUGAUGUCCCAGCUUUGCAUCAUAUGGUGGACUGUCUUGUUUUUCCAAAGAAGGGAGAGAGACCACAUCCAAAUGAGUGCUCUGGAAGCGACUUGGAUGGUGAUGUAUACUUUGUCAGCUGGGACCCUUUGCUCAUCCCACCCCGUCAAGUGCAGCCCAUGCAUUAUACUUCAGCACCAAAUAUCCAACUGGAUCAUGAGGUUACAAUUGAGGAAGUUGAGGAGUACUUUGCAAACUAUAUGGUUAACGAUUGCUUGGGAGUAAUGGCAAACACCCACACAGUCUUCGCAGACAAGAGGGAGCUUAAGGCUGAGAGUGAUGAAUGCUUAGAGCUUGCUAAGCUAUUUUCAAUUGCUGUUGACUUCAAUAAGACUGGUAUUCCAGCUCGUAUCCCCUCUCGUCUGCAUGUCAAGGAAUACCCAGAUUUCAUGGAAAAGCCCAACAGAGACACUUAUGAAUCACAGUCUGUGAUUGGAAAGCUCUACAGGGAGAUAAAAGAUGUUGCACCAAAAACAUUCUCUCUGGAACCUUUCACUCGAGAGAUGGCAAGUAAGUACUACGAUCGUGACCUGGAGGUUGAUGGCUACAGGGAUUACAUUGAUGAUGCUUACGAGUGCAAAGCAGAGUAUGAUUACAAGCUGGGAGGCCUAAUGGAGAAAUAUGGGAUCAAAACUGAGGCAGAGCUAGUGAGUGGAAACAUAAUAAAUGAAUCCAAGUCUUUCCAGAAACUCAAGGAUCCGGAGGAAAUUGGAUUGGCAGUGAGGUCCCUUAAAAAAGAAGCGAGGGGAUGGUUUACUGGGAAGUCCACCAACUCAGAUUCUCAGGAAGCCAAGGCGUCGGCUUGGUAUCAUGUAACAUAUCACCCAGAUUUCUGGGGUUGCUACAAUGAAGGAAAGAAUUGGGAUCAUUUCCUUAGCUUCCCCUGGUGUGUCUGUGAUGAGCUACUUCGUAUCAAGAAAAAGAAGAUGACUGCCCCACCCACCUCGGCACCACCGCGACGUCGACGUCGCAGGUCCAGGCAUGCUCAGAGGAAGCAAUGAACACAUGGAUCACUGUAUAUACCCACAUCACCUUACAAUAAGUUCAUUCAUGAACAUCUAUUCAUCAAUUGUGUAAUUAUUUGUGCUCCUGAAUAAAAGAAUAGAGAGCAGCUAAACAGACCCAUUAAUGUUUGCUCCA